AUGGGGCGGCCGGAGCCCUGCGCGCUGCUGCUCGCCGCCGCCGCCGCGCUCCUCGCCGCCGCCGCUGCCGCCGCCGUCACCGUCACCCGCCUCCGGGUCUCCGCCAACUUCGAGUGCCGCGCCAGCGCCGACAGCACGCUGAGCAGGCCCCGGUGCCGCCGGGCCGCCCGGGCCGGGCCGCCGCUGGAGCCGCCCGCCCUGGUGCUGAGCACGGCCCGCCUGUGCCAGCCCUCGCAGCCGUGCCAGCCGUGCCUGCGGGUGCGCCUGGCCCUCCCCGCCGCAGGGCUCGGCGGCGUCCGCGGGCUGCAGCUCAACUUCCUGGAGCUGGACUCCAACAGGGCCGGCUGGCUGCAGGUGUGGAGGCGGCGCGGGGCGCGGGGCGGCGAGCCGUGGCGGCUGCAGUUCGACUGCUUCCCCGCGGAGAGCGGGCGGCAGGUCCUCGUCUCCCUGCGCACCAUCCCCGACCGCGGCUUGGCCCUCAGCCGGAGCCGCCUGGUCGCCGCCGAGCCGCCGGGACCCGCGUUCACCCACGCCUGGGUGCCCGAGGUGCGGGCUAUCGAGGUGUCCGUGCCCCACGGCCCUGCCCUGAUGGUGCGGCUGUGCCACCAGCUGGCCCUGGAGUGCGAGGAGCUGCCCAGGCCCUUCCACCGGCAGGUCCUGGUGCCGGGGGGCCGGGCCGUCCUGCUGCCGUACGAGUUCCUGGUGCCCUGCCUGUGCAUUGAGGCCUCCUACCUGCACCGCGACAGCCUGCGCAGCAAGAAGUGCCCAUUCCGGGAGCAGCCGGCGGCCUACGGCCCCGAGCUGUGGUCCUCGGUGCGCUUCCACGACCACAGCGCCAGCGGCAAGGACCAGAUGGCGAUGGUGCUGAGCGCCAGCUGCCCGCUGCGCCCCCGGGCCACGCUGUGCUGGAGGGAGGCGGCCGCCGGCGCGGCGCCCUGCCACGACAUCCCCAACUCCACGGCCAGCGAGGGGGAGCAGACCUACACCCUGGACGAGGUGGACGUGCACCCCCAGCUCUGCUUCAGGUUCUCCUUGGGGAACAGCAGCCACGUGGAGUGCCCCCGCCGGCCAGAGACUGCCUGGAACGCGUCGGCGAGCGUCCGGGGGCCGCAGCUGCGCCUGCGCCUCGCCUCCAGCAUCCCGGCCUCCUUCAGCGCGGCGCUGUGCGAGCCGCGGGGCGGGCGGUGCGAGCCCCGCUCCCCCGUCUACACGGUGACGCCGGCGCAGGGCUCUGCCCGCGGGGAGCUGGCGCUGCUGCUGCCGACGUGGCUGCCGGGCGGCUGCGUGCUGGUGUGGCGCUCGGACGUGCGCUUUGCCGGGAAGCAGCUGCUCUGCCCUGACGUCUCUCGCAGGCGCGUGGGGCUGCUGGCGCCGGCGCUGGCGGCCGCCGCGCUGCUGCUGCUGCUGCUGCUGCUGCCGCCGUGCUGCGGCGCCGGCGCCCGGGCUCCAGCGGGCGGCGAGGGCGGCCGCGCGGCGCCGGGGCCGGUGCUGCUGCUGUACUCGCCCGACUCGGAGGAGCACCUGGGGCUGGUGUGCGCCUUGGCGGAGCUGCUGCGCGCCGCGCUGGGCUGCGAGGUGCGCCUGGACCUGUGGGAGGCGGGCGGCGUGGGGCGCGCCGGGGGGCUGCCCUGGCUCUACGCCCAGCGGGGCCGCGUGGGGCGCGAGCGCGGCACCGUGCUGCUGCUCUGGAGCCGCGGCAGCGCCCGGCUCUUUCGGCUGUGGCGGGGCGGCGGGGCGCCCCACGACGCCCACGACGUCUUCGGCGCCGCCAUGGCCUGCCUGCACGGGGAGCUGGGGGCGGCGGGCGGCGCGGGGCGGCCCGGCGGCUGGGUGCUGGCUUACUUCAGCCGGCGCUGCAGCCCCCGCGACGUGCCGCGGCCCCUGCGGCCCCUGCCCACCUACCGCCUGCCCCGGGAGCUGCCCCGGCUCCUGGGUGCCCUGCGCGGCUCCCCCCGGGCCGCCCGCCGCCCCCAGCGCCUCCCGUGCCCGCCGCGCGAGCCGGCGGCGAGCCCCGGCGCCGCGGAGCAGCCCCCCGGCGCGGCUCACGGCACCUGA